AGAUCAACUUAUCAACAUGCAAAUAACGAUAUUGAUGAUAUUAUCAUUUUCUUUCCUCAUACACGGCACGGCAUCUGAUGGUGAGAAUUGUUUUGAUUUACGUGAUUCAUUUUAGUCGUUUAGACUUUUAUCCGCCUAAAAUUAUAAAGAACUUACAUUAUUUCGGAGACUAGGGGACGGAUUGUAUCGUGUAUCAUUUCUUAAUUGGUUUUAACGCGUUGAAAUUACGUGUCGACGGGAACUUCAGUAGUGACGCAGAAUACGAGGGUGUUGACAUAUCUAUUAGGACAGCUAUAUUUGUCUACGCGAGUGUAAGUUCUUUGUUCUGUGUUUCUAGCUUGCAGAGACCGCUUAAGGACGAGAGCGUGCAAAAACUUACUACGAAAUUAUCGCCUUAAAGGCAUAGAGGGUUGCAAAUGGAAGUCUGUGAAGUCGAUUUGCGCUCUCACUUGCAAUUCGUGUGGUAAGUAAUGAGUGUCAUACUCAUCGACGAUACAGAUUAAUCAUUGAUCAAGUUGACGUGAUAAGAUAUGCGCCUUUGAUAAAAGCCUUGGCUGCCAUCACAGCGAUGUCCAAGCCUCACCGUGUGUUCUCGACCAUCAAAUACGUCUCAUGUUCAACAUUUCAGUUGAUGACAACGUUUUGUCUCAUAUCGAGCGGAAUAGCCUGGAGUUAGUCCUACGCUCGACAGACCAACCUUUCCUGUGUCACGAAAACUUAGACUGUAUAAAUCCAACGUGAGAACUAAUGGCACAAAAAUAUUGCAUGUUUAAAAUGGUAAUUCACUCUUUGUUUCAGUGGUGAAACCGAAGUGUGCCUUAGAAACAAGUAAGUACGGAUGUUGCUGGGACAAGAAGACAGAGGCCAAAGGAUUCUAUGGUGAAGGUUGUCCUGGUGAGUAAAACUCUCAAUUAGAAGACGUUCCACGCGUGCUCGCUUUCAGGCCAGCCAUGCUCCCACAAGGUGUUUUCGGAGACGGAAAAUGAGAAAAACUACUUCACAAUUUAUCUUGGUUCAAAGAUUCAAAGAACAGAUCAUUUCUUCUUCUUGAAUUGAUUGUCACGGUUUUGUUUCGCUUGUUAAGUUUUGUUGCUUUUUGUUUUGCUUUGUCUUUUUUAGCUUGAGAAAAGUUCAGAUAACAGAGUAUUAGUAUUAACUUUAACUCCACGUCCAGGAUAAAUUUUCGUGUAAAGUAAAAAAAAAAAAAAAACCACAGCCGUAGUCACUCAGGAACGUCGCUUUGGAGCGUUACAAGCCUGUUAAGAAACUUUGUUUUGUCUCAAGCCUGACACAGUCACCUCAAGUUCGAGUGACAUGUUGAAGAAAGCCCUAAAUACUUUGCACCGAGGUUAUCAGGUUAAUCAAGGUUCAGGCACAAAAAGUAAUUCCAUCAUUUUAUUUUUACAACAGAGUGCACAGACCGUUAUCCAAAGUACUGCCAAAGACGAACGUCUAUACUUUCUACAAAGAGAGCGUGCGAUGAGCGGGGAAAAGCAUUUUGUCCAAAGAGCUGUAGUGUUUGCAGUAAGUGAAAUGGAGAGUUAAACUUAGUAAACGAAGGAAACCCCAUCAAUUCCUUUUGAUAAUUCGAACGAUCGUAAAGCCCUAAGAUUUAUGCUCUGCCUGAGUGGAGUUGGUCCUAAAAUUCUCAAGUUAUUUAAGACUUUUUAUAAAGGAAGGCGUCUCCCUUUCUUUACAAGGGGUACAUCAUGAGAACAAUAAGGAGUAACUCACGACUGUGAAUCGAUUAGCUUUAUGAAAUCUUAUGAAAGACUGCCGAAAAAUUUUGGUCUUGGCGUAAGUAAGAGAGGCUCACAACUAUAGCGCAGUUAGCUCAUGGUAUGCCUGCUGUGUGAUACAUUUUAAGUAGCUUCUCUACAAUUUGUUCAUUUAUCAACGCCGUUAUUUAAACACCGUUCUCAUCGUCUCCGUUAUAAGCCACCCAUGAUACCUUCCUGAUUUUUCAGUGCCUGUUUUCCGUUUUAUUGAAAUUGCGUUUUGUAGUUUCUUUCAAGUUUAUAAAGGUAUUUUUUUACCCGUCGCAAAAAUAUUGACGCCAAACUUCGAACGGAGAAUGAUCACAAGAAGUAUAGAGAUACAUUGCAUGGUAUAUAUAUUUUAACUUAAAUGCGUUUUUUUUUUUAACUUCCCUCAGGAUUACGCGCCCCAGCCCAGUCCAUACAAGAUUGUUUUUUCUCUCCACACGGUUGUUGUUGGGAUUAUUCAGAAGCAGAGGGACCUAAUGGAGAAGGUUGCAUGGGUAAGUAAGAAUCAUGAACCACACAAAGCCACAAACGUUCUGUCACCAUUUCCUGUCAAAGUCAGUCAAGACUUAAAACUGAGGUACCAUAGCAGUGAUUGUUGGUUUCUUUCGCUUUACUCUGCUUAACCAUUGAAACCUAAGACUGACUGGCUUCUAAUUUCUCCUUAAAAUAUCACUUUUGAAUCAAAUGUUAAGGUCAGGAGAGUGAUGGAAAUGAUCACCAAUUUAAGAAGUUCCUGAUUGCCAAACAAAUUCUCCUUGUCGUUAGCACAAUAAAUGUAGGAACAUCAUGCAGUGUGGCUAAAAUGGACACUAAUGAUAGGGUUUAGAGGAUAAUGUCAAGAUAUGCAUCUUUCGCAUGUAUUAACUAAGAUGGUUCUCAUCACUCUCCAAUUGUUGUUCUCUUUAUGAAUAUUCCAAAAAGUACUUAACUCCCCUGAUUUGUGGAAAAUCUUGUUGGCUUCGUAUAGAUUGCUUGCUUGUUAACCUCAGAACUCUGUGUAGCGUCAGUUAUAAUUGAAAUUAUAUCCUCUUUGUGAACUACAGAAUGUAGAGACCAAUAUCCUAAUGUUUGCACGCUCUGGUACGACUUCUGUGAUCCUGAUGCGUUGAAAUACAAGGUCCUAAGACAGUCAGUGGAAUUUAUAAAAGCAAACUGUCCAGUUACAUGCAAAAAAUGCCAACCGGGACAAAGACUGCUGAAGUCUUCAAGAAACCUUAACGGUAAGUGAUUUUUUAUUUUUAUUUUUUUAUAACAGGUCUUGAUUUGGAAGUAUUUUUAUCGUCGUGACAUUAGGAUGGGUCAAAGAAAUUGAUCUAAGUCCUCAUGAAGAACCACGAGGAAUCGAAUUUCAAAUCUUUACAUUCUGCUCUCCGGUGCACUACCAGGAAAUUACAAAGAACUCGUGAGCGAAGCCAUUGCGUCCUGCAAAGUCUGAAUUGAUUUCUCUUUUGAUUAUUCUCUUACAGAACGACUAUAGAUGUCUCUCUGUAAAAUGGACAACCACAAACGAGGGAACCUCUUUAACACGUUUAACUUCGUCGGAAACAGAAAAGGACGAGAGAUGAACUGCCAAACAACGUGCAUUACACUGCGCCGUCCCGUGUGCUACCGUUUUUAUCGAUAAUUAAAAUAAGGUGUCCGCUCUCUGCACCAAGAGGAAGGAUACAAGAAGCUUUUUUUUAGAUAUUAACAUUUUCAUUUCAUGCAAUCAGAAAACGAAUUUUGAAAGACGGUCGUUACUUUUCGACUUUUCCUCCCAGAGGAGAGAGUGACCUCAAAACAAAAAGGAAGAUGGCUCGCAUCGAAAUUUUGAAAAUAAGCAAAAUAAAAGAGAUAAGAGAUAAAAGGUGAUAAUAGUACACUUGCCGUAAGGUCGACAGAUUUGAGAUCGCUGCUUACGCCAGAUUAAGAAAAGUGAAGGUUAUUAGCCAGCAAGAAGUUUAUUGCAGUCGCUACGAGAGAUAGUCGCUUCCAAGAGUCCCAUGUAAAUAUUCUCGCAACAGGCAAUAUGUUGAUACUUGCGAAAAGACAUAAUUGCUAACGAAGGACCUCUGUAAAUAUUAUUAUGUAAAGAGUAAUGAAUGUGACAUUAAACAAGAAAAAAUGGGAGUCAUCAUUUGUGAAUUUGGCAUUAGAAAAUGUUUCAUAAAUGAUUCUUUGUAGAGGAAUUUAAGGGCUUAGCCGGUGAAGCUAAUAGUCAUGUGUGCGCUUUGGAGCAUUGAGUGUGGAGCUACAGAAACGAG